UUCCAACCAGAGCCCUAAUGCGAUAUCUAUAUUUCGUGAAUCAGCAAAAUCUGCUAUUCUACUCUUUAAUUUUCUUCGUUUAUAUAUACUUUCAAUCAACAAAAUAAGUAAGUAAAUAAAUAUGAAAUAAAAUCAAAUAAAAGAAAUAUAACUGGUCUGGAAUUUGACAGACAGGUGCAUCUUAACCGUUUUCUCCUCCCCUUCAUUUACUCUGCCUCUAAAAUACCUUCAAUAUCUAAAAUUAAUUUUUGUAAUUAAUCUAAAAUAUCGAUUUAAAAAUCAGUUUGUAAUCUUCUAGAUAAAGGCCCUCAGUGAUGUGAAAUUCCCUUUCACUUUCUCUCUUUUCUCUGUAUUGUUCAAUGUACAGAUUGGGUGUUUGAUUGAUUGAGCAAUGAGGAAUUCGAGCAGUGUUGUGUAUUUGUGUUGAGCUAUUAUGCAACGAAUCAAGAUUCCGACGUAAUUUAGGGGAGGUGUUAAUAGGAUUUUCGGGUUGGAAUUUUUUUGGAUUUCGUGAGAAUUGAAUUAUCGGCAGUUGCUCUUUUCAGUGUUAAUUUAGUUUUUGAUUAGUUUUAAGGGGAUUUGGCGUUGUUUCAGCUACAGAGAUUGAAGAAUUUCGACACUGCCAGUUAAUACUGCACCGUGCUUGAAGGCGGUAGAAGAUCUAGGGUUGUUGUUUUUGCAAGAAUUUGCAGUUGUGAGGCUGUGAGAAAUGAGUAUUUCAUAAUGAGGUGGGAGGUCGGGUGGCAUUGUUGUCCAUGGGCAACCCUGACAAUAAAAUAUCCGAUCUUGUUGACAAAGUGAAGUCAUGGAUUCCUCGGAGGAUUGAACCAGCGAAUGUGUCAAAGGAUUUUUGGAUGCCCGAUCAGAGCUGUAGGGUGUGCUACGAGUGUGAUUCUCAGUUCACUGUUUUUAACCGUAGGCAUCAUUGUAGACUCUGUGGCCGAGUUUUUUGUGCUAAGUGUACGGCAAGCUCAAUUCCCGUCCCAUCUGAUGACCCAAGGAGUGGUGAAGACUGGGAGAAGAUCAGGGUCUGUAAUUAUUGCUUUAAGCAAUGGCAACAAGGGAUCCCCACUGCUGAUAAUGGGACCAGUGUGGCUAGCCCUAGACUCAGUCCAUCACAAUCUGCAACAAGCUUGGUCAGCACCAAGUCCUGCUGUACCUGUAACAGUAGUACUAGUACCCUUGAUUCAACUACAUACUCAACUGGAGCUUACCAGUGUGUCCCGUGUAACUCUGGUGUCAGUCCUCAACAAUUUCCUCAAAUGGAUCCAACUGCAGUUGAACAAGAAAAUUCAACAAUUGGAAGGAGCGCAGAUGCCUCUGCAGCAGCUGAACUAUAUUCUUCUGAGAACCAAUUUGGGUAUUGCAUGAACAGGAGUGAUGAUGAGGAUGAUGAAUAUGGUGUUUAUCAUUCAGUUGCAGGAACAAGGCAUUUCUUUUGUGCUGAUGGCUAUUAUGGGGCAGACACUGUUGAUGAAAUUGAGCACAUGUAUGGACCACAUGAAAUGAUUCUUGGUGGAGAUCAGAUUGAUACAAGCAGCAGAAGUUGCCCACCGUUAACAGAGAAUUUUGACGCACAGUGUGCAGACAAAAUUAAUAAUGAUGUGGCAAAAGCUUAUGAACAUGGUGGUAAUCAGUAUGAAGCUCCUUCAUAUGAUUUGGAUGGUGCCAAUGCUGAACCUGUUGAUUUUGAGAACAACGGUUUACUCUGGCUCCCUCCAGAACCAGAGGAUGAAGAGGAUGACAGAGAAGCUGUUUUAUUUGAUGAUGACGAUGAUGGUGAAAUUACUACUGGGGAAUGGGGUUAUUUGCGCCCUUCAAAAAGCUUUGGCAGUGGGGAAUACCGUUGUAAGGAUAAAUCAAAUGAAGACAACAGAAAAGCUAUGAAGAAUGUUGUUGAAGGGCAUUUUAGAGCUUUGAUUGCGCAACUUUUGCAAGUUGAAAACCUACCUGUGGGUGAUGAAGAUGACAAUGAGAGUUGGUUGGAGAUAAUCACAUCUUUGUCUUGGGAAGCUGCUACCCUUCUUAAGCCAGAUACAAGCAAAGGUGGAGGGAUGGAUCCUGGUGGAUAUGUGAAGGUUAAAUGCAUAGCUUCUGGGCGUCGUAGCGAGAGUUUGGUGGUCAAAGGAGUUGUUUGUAAGAAAAAUGUUGCUCAUCGGCGUAUGAUGUCAAAAAUAGAUAAACCACGCUUUCUAAUCCUUGGAGGAGCUCUGGAGUAUCAGCGUGUUUCUAACCAUUUAUCAAGUGUUGAUACUUUGUUACAGCAGGAAAUGGACCAUUUGAAGAUGGCAGUUGCUAAGAUUGACGCUCAUCAUCCUAAUGUUCUCUUGGUGGAGAAGUCAGUUUCCCGCUAUGCUCAAGAAUACCUUCUAUCAAAAGACAUUUCACUUGUUCUGAAUAUUAAGAGACCACUUCUAGAGCGUAUAGCCCGCUGCACUGGUGCGCAAAUAGUCCCUUCGAUUGAUCAUCUCAAUUCACAGAAACUGGGGUAUUGUGACCUUUUCCAUGUGGAGAAAUUCCUUGAAGAGCAUGGCAGUGCAGGGCAAGGUGGAAAAAAGUUGACCAAGACUCUGAUGUUCUUUGAGGGUUGCCCAAAGCCAUUGGGUUACACUAUUCUGCUUAAGGGCGGCCAUGGAGAUGACUUGAAGAAGGUGAAACAUGUGGUCCAAUAUGGAGUUUUUGCAGCCUAUCACUUGGCAUUAGAGACAUCUUUUCUGGCGGAUGAAGGUGCUUCACUUCCAGAGCUGCCUUUCAAGUCUCCCAUAACUGUCGCAUUACCUGAUAAACCAUCAAGCAUUGACAGAUCCAUUUCCAUUAUUCCUGGAUUUACUGCCCCGAGAACUGGAAAUCAGCCAGUUUCCCAACCUUUAAGUGACGUGCCGAAAUCAAAUGAAGGUGUCUCCUCAGAUGUGGCCUCACCUACCGAUGUUAAGCCUGUUUACAAGUCAGGGAGUGCUGAUUCUACUUGCCUGUCUAAAAGUCCAUCUUCUCAAACUGAGUUCAGGAAACUUGCCUCAAGCUCAACUGAACACACUGGUUCCUUGACCUCUGUGUCUCCUUUAGGACAGGAAAGCUCAGGUAAUCGCCAUAACAAGCUCUCUGCAGAUCAUGAUUCCAGGGAGGAAGAUAGUACGCAAACAGAAUGCUUUCAGGGGAAAAUAACAAACACCAAUGAUUCUUUAUUUUGUACAUCCUUCAGCACCUCAGUGGCAUUAGAACAAGGUGUUGACAGUAGCCUUGCUGAUGGAAAUAUUUUAGCUGUAAAACAAGAUGGAAACAAUCAAGAGGAGAUUGGAUCCUCAAAGGAGGAGUUUCCUCCAUCACCUUCAGACCACCAGAGCAUUUUGGUUUCAUUAUCAUCAAGGUGUGUGUGGAAGGGAACUGUGUGCGAAAGAGCCCAUCUUUUUCGAAUCAAAUACUAUGGGAGCUUUGAUAAACCUUUGGGGAGGUUUUUACGGGAUCAUCUUCUUGAUCAGAGCUACCGGUGCCGUUCAUGUGAGAUGCCGUCAGAAGCUCAUGUUUAUUGUUAUAAUCAUCGGCAAGGCAGCCUUACAAUAUCUGUUAAGAAACUGCCGGAGUUUUUUUUACCAGGGGAACGUGAGGGCAAAAUUUGGAUGUGGCAUAGGUGCCUGCGAUGUCCACGGACCAAUGGCUUUCCCCCGGCCACUCGAAGAAUAGUUAUGUCUGAUGCUGCCUGGGGUUUGUCUUUUGGGAAAUUUUUGGAGCUUAGCUUUUCAAAUCAUGCAGCUGCAAGCAGGGUAGCAAGCUGUGGUCACUCCCUUCACAGAGACUGUCUUAGGUUCUAUGGAUUUGGGAGAAUGGUUGCUUGUUUCCGAUAUGCUUCAAUAGAUGUCCAUUCAGUUUAUCUUCCACCAUCAAAACUUGAAUUUAACUAUGAUAAUCAGGAGUGGAUUCAAAAAGAAGUAAAUGAGGUACGUCAAAGGGCAGACCUCUUAUUCAAGGAAGUGCAAAAUUCUCUUCAUCGUAUUUCAGAGAAAGCAUCAAGUGUGGGAUCACAGAAUGGUGACUUGAAAGCAUCUGAAUUAGCAACAUUUCGUGUUGUUGAACUUGAAGGGAUACUGCAGAAGAAUAAGGAAGAAUUUGAGGAAUCCUUUCGGAAUAUGCCAUCUAAGGAAGUGAAAGUUGGCCGACCUGUGAUUGAUAUUCUUGAAAUCAAUAAACUACGGAGGCAGAUACUCUUCAAUUGUAUUGCUUGGAACGAAACGCUGAAAGAUGCAGACCGUUUAAGCACUACAAUUCUCCAUGAAGGUCAGAGGAGCUUCAUUCCAAAACUCAAGGAGAAAUUUGUCAAUUCUGUUGAGAACCUUGUUGAGAUAGAUCUCUCUCCUAAGCUUGGUAAAAGUUUUAGCAGUUGUGAUUCAGUUCCAGUGGAUACAAAGCCAGUGGUAAAUCUUAAUCAGGGAGGAAAUGAUAGCUAUAUACACCAACCAGUCAGAGUACAUGAAGGAAGAGGCAUGGAUCUGGACCUGAAUCUGAGGAAGGAGGCUGCACGUUCUCUUUCUUCUAGUGAAAAUAUCAAUGAGAAAUCUGACCCUUCUGAAUCUGGAAAUGCUGUGCGAAGAGUCCAUUCAGAGGGGGAGUUUCCAAUUAUGGAUAACUUAUCUGACACUCUUGAUGCAGCAUGGAUUGGUAAAAAUCAACCUGGAAGCAUGACACUUAAAGAUAAUGGUUCCUCCCUUCCUGAUCCAGCUGCAGUAAAUUCGGUUGCUGCAAAUACAGACUUGGAAAAUUAUACUAUUGAAAAAGGUAGGAGCGAGGAAUUUCAUUCUCUUGAUUCUGCAUUAGGUACAAAGGGGCCUCAAAAUUUAGAAAAUUCAGUUGUCAUGGGCAUGCCAUUCCCUAAUUUCUAUUCAUUCAAAAGAAAUUUUUCAUUAAGUUCUCCGAAGCUUGGUUUUAGUGACUACAAUUGCACCUAUAUCCCACUUUUUAUGGAGUUGGAACGGCAGAGCGGUGCUAGGUUGUUUUUGCGGGUUGGUAACAAUGAGACUAUUGUUCCUAUUUAUGAUGAUGAGCCCACUAGCAUUAUAGCAUAUACACUUGUCUCACAAAAGUAUCAUCUCCAGAUGUCUGAAUUUGAAAAACCAAAGGAUGCUGGGGAAUCUACAGUUUCAUUGCCACUUUUUGAUUCAAUGAAUCUCCUAUCAUUUAACUCUUUUGAUGAAUCAGCUUCUGAUAUUUACAGAAGUAUUGGGUCUAUUGAAGAAAGCAUCUUGUCCAUGCCUGGUUUCCGAGGCUCUCAAGUUUUGGAUCCUCUUUUGUACACCAAGGACUUACAUGCCAGAGUUGAGUUUACAGAUGAAGAUCUUCAAGGACAAGUUAAGUAUUUGGUGACUUGUUAUUAUGCAAAGCGGUUUGAGGCCUUAAGGAGGAUGUGUGGCGCUUCCGAGUUAGAUUUUAUACGAUCUCUGAGUCGCUGUAAGAAGUGGGGAGCCCAGGGUGGCAAGAGCAAUGUUUUCUUUGCUAAGACCUUGGAUGAUCGAUUUAUCAUCAAACAGGUUACAAAAACAGAGCUGGAAUCAUUCAUUAAAUUUGGACCAGCAUACUUCAAGUACUUAUCUGAGUCAAUCAGUACAGGCAGUCCUACUUGCCUGGCAAAGAUACUCGGUAUUUAUCAGGUAUCAACAAAGCACCUCAAAGGAGGGAAAGAAUUGAAAAUGGAUGUUUUGGUAAUGGAGAAUCUCCUGUUUAAGCGAAAUGUCGUACGGCUUUAUGACCUUAAAGGAUCUUCCCGCUCACGAUAUAACCCAGAUACAAGCGGGAGCAAUAAAGUUUUGCUGGAUCAGAAUUUAAUUGAAGCAAUGCCAACUUCUCCAAUAUUUGUGGGCAACAAGGCAAAGCGAUUGCUAGAGAGGGCUGUCUGGAAUGAUACUUCAUUUCUUGCUUCGAUUGAUGUAAUGGACUACUCAUUAUUGGUUGGUGUGGAUGAGGAAAAGCAUCAACUGGUACUGGGAAUCAUUGAUUUUAUGAGACAGUAUACGUGGGACAAGCACCUUGAGACCUGGGUGAAGGCCUCAGGCAUCCUUGGUGGGUCUAAGAACACUUCUCCAACUGUUAUCUCACCCCAGCAGUAUAAGAAACGUUUCAGAAAGGCUAUGACCGCGUAUUUUCUCAUGGUGCCAGAUCAGUGGUCUCCCCCCACCAUUAUCCCUAGUGGGUCCCAAUCAGACCUUUGUGAGGAAAACUUGCAAGGUGAUUGAUAAUUGCUGUAAAAUCUUUUUGCCUGUACAUGUCUACAUGUAAGUCAGAAUUUUGAUUUUCUAUCUAUUUUUUUCUUUUUUUCCCCCUUUUGUAAUUGCGUAGGGCUAAUAGCCUAAUACAUUAUGUCCUCUUGUUGUAGCAUAUGUUAUUAUUCUUUUUUCUUAUAAGCAGGAAAAGGUUCUUUUAAUGCCUUGAAACUA